AUGCGACACAGUAACUUACUCUUACUCUUCCGAUUACUCUACAAUAUCGCUUUUGUCCGAUCCUGCGACAAAGGGCUCACUCAACUACGGCACAAAGACACUCUCCAACUGAUGAGAUGUGUGCCCACCCUUCCGGUAGGCUACCGUAACCCUUCCCUAGCUACAGUAAUCCUCACAGGGCCAUCCGGAUCCGUGCAUUCUUCAAACUGCCGGCAGAAUGAGUUUCUGCCAGCCGGACGGUCAGGAUUACGUUUGCUGUGGACCGCCCGAGCUGUUAGUGGACCUGGUUGGAGGGCAGAACAAGGUACGCGCACGGAUUACUGUACUCUAACCGAAAACUGCGUUUACAGCUCAAUGUCAUCGACAAGUGGCACUUUUACCCUCGUCAAUCUCACUACGACUACAGUGUCUACAUACGGAGUUCGAAAGGUACAGUACCGUGGGUUACGAUAGUUCGCUAAACGUAUUCGAUAUUGUAGAACAACUAGAAAGUGAUCCUGCUUUCAAAAACCAACUCAUUCUGACGACUCCAAAGACAACGACGACCACAACGACGACUACAAGAAAGAGGCAGCCGGUUAAGGUUACUUACGGGCUGGGGACAUUUUGAAGAAAUUCUUGAGUUUCAGCAGUCGAACGUGGUGCUCCAAAUGCUCACAAUUCCCUCGUUGAGCCGUGGAAACUACUCGAACUCUCUGAAAUUGAGCACCAACUCCGUGCUGGUCCGCGAUGGACAGUGCGUUUUUGUCGUUGACACCGGGCUGCCGGCUCAGAAGAAACAUAUAUCGAAGAGUAAUUUGGCGGUGCAUUUUUCAUUUCCGAACGUUCAAUUUCAGACCUGGCCGCCUACGGAGCUCCGGCGAAGAAGAUCAAAUUCGUGGUGAUCACAUCGUCGCAACCUCAGUUCUCUGGGAAUCUGAACUUGUUCCCGUUCUCGCAGUUCAUAAUGGCGGAUGCGACCAUGUACAAGGACAACAUCGUGUUCAUGAAGAGAUUCGAGAAGGUGAGUCUUCUGUCCCAUUGUGUCCAAUCCUUUUCUUUCCAGCACUCGAUCCUGGAGCUCUGUUCGCCCAACUCGUUGAUCCAAUCGACUCCCGGCCCGACGCCCAACUCGAUAUCCGUCAUUGUCCGAAAUGUGGAUCUGAUGGGCACUAUCGCAAUCGCCGGCGCCCUCUUCCCCAACGGAAACGACCUGAACGUGUUCGAUCCGAAUUCGGUGUACGACAUGGAAAAGUUGGUCGAGUCGCGGAACAAGAUCAUCUGCGAAGUGGACUGGAUCGUUCCGGCGAGUUCUUCGCCGUUCCGAGUCACCCAAAUGCAUCGGAGCAACGCGAAUUGUUGA